GUCCUGGUGCUGGUGUGUCCAGCUGGCCAGACCUCACAGAGCGAUUGAAGAAGGUUGGUGCCUACGAGAAGUACCUCGAGUGGCGAGAAGGUUACAUGCGCUGGCGGAUGGGAGAAAGCAACGGUGCCAAAGGGGAGAUUGUCGUUGACACAAAGACAGCUCCAAUGGCUCCAAUGGCUCCAAAGGCUCCAAAUGCAAAACUUUCGAAGGCAAAACUACUUAGAGAUGAUUCAGACCUUGGCACCUUCCAACCAAGAGACCCAGCUCCUCAUUUAGCUUCGAAGAAUUUGGAGGAAAACACUCCAAAAGAAGGCGUCCAGCUGAUGAUGGCGCCAGUGAAAGGUGAGAUUGUUGCAGAUAUGCCUGAAGUAGCAGCUGUUCUGCAUCCUGUAGCGGUGCCCAGCUUGAAAGAGCUUCUCAGUGAAGAAGGUGAUUGGCAAAGACAGGAAAGCGAAAGCCGUGGCAAGCCGAUGACUGUAUCCCUGGCUUCAAUCCAGGAAGUCUUGGACGAGAUCCGGGAUGCCUUGGUGUCCGCACCAUCACAGCUGCAGGGAGGAC